GGGACCGUCGCGGGUGUCGCCGCGUCCCCGCCGGGAUGAGCCAGCGCCACAGCCAGCGCCGCGGGCCCCGGGCCGACAUGGUGCCCGAGAUCGCCGCCGCCGUGGGCUUCGUGUCCGGCCUGCUGCGGACGCGGGGCUGCGUCAGCGAGCAGCAGCUGCAGGUCUUCAGCGGGGCGCUGCGGGAGGCGCUCACAGAGCACUACAGACACCACUGGUUCCCCGAGAAGCCCUCCAAAGGCUCCGGCUACCGCUGCAUCCGCGUCAACCAGAGGAUGGACCCUCUGCUGAGCCGCGCGGCGGGGCAGGGCGGGCUGGCCGUGCCCCAGCUGUUCCAGCUGCUGCCCCGCGAGCUCACGCUCUGGGUGGACCCCUACGAGGUCUCCUACAGGAUCGGCGAGGACGGCUCCAUCUGCGUCCUCUACCAGGCCGCCCGGCCCCACCACGCCAGCCCCUACGGAGGGAUGCUCACCUGCAAGAACCAGAUGAUGCUGGGCCGCAGCAGCCCUUCCAAAAACUACAUCAUGACUGUCUCCAGUUAAAAAAAAAAGAAAAACAAAAAAAACCAAAAAGACACCCCACACCCACCCCCACAAAACACGACAAAAAGAAAAAAAAAAAAUUUUUUUUUUUUCCUCCUCCUUGUCCUUACACUGCCGAGACACAGGCUACUGUAAUACCUCAAGCUGAGGAUCUAUUUUUAAGAUGAAGAGCUUAUUUAUAUUUUUUAAAAAAAAAACCUCCAGAAAAUCCAAAAUUAAAAUUUCGGGCGCCGCUCUGAGCCGAGGCGACGCCCCAGGUGCCUUUUCUAAAGCUGUUGCAAGCUUGUGAGUUUCUCUUUUUUUUUUGUAUUAUUAUUAUUAUUGUUAUUGUUAUUAUUGUGAAACUGAGAUCUGCCUAAUGGUGGUUUUGGGGCUGGAUUUGGGAUGGGGGAUGAGGGGGCGAAGCCAGGCUGGGCAGUGUGGCUGCCGUGUCACCUCGUCACCACCCUGUUGUCACCUUUGCUGCUGGUGCUGCAUCUCCAGGUGUUGCAGUGCUGGAUUCGUGGCCUGGAUUUGGUGCCACUCAGG